GGCAUAGUGCUCGGCGGUUUACAACAACAGCGUCCGACUAUUGCAUUAAACUUGAGCGUACGAUUGAUUUUUUGUGUGCUGCUGCUUGAAAAGUACCGUGGUCUGAAUUCAUUUCGAAGCGACGACGUGAAACAUCGCAUUUUUCGUUUUGGGCGUUUGAAAUUGGACACCGCUGUAACGUCCUCGUUUUUCUGCGGAGUAAUACACUAUUGGGGAUGACAAUGUGGAGGUGGCUAAAAUGUCUACUCGGAAGAUGAAACGGUCACAGUGAUAGCAACCGUAAGAAAACGGUAAGCUACAACUUGGCAGAGUUCAAUUUUCAUAGUUAUUACGUCGUAAUUAUACUUCAGCGGGUCCCGUUAGACUUUUUAAGGAUAAGGGAGGACGCGGAACUCAAUUACUUCGCGAUUUACGGGACGUAAAACACGGAGGGGGGAUUUGUCCCCCAACUUUAUGUUUUUCUCUCUCCCGAAAACACUCCUGUUGGAUGCCGAACGCUCAAACCGACGAAAGGGUAGUACAUUCUCUGUGUGUCUAUGUGUGUGUACUAAGAAAGAAUGAGUGAUACCAGCAUCAGAAUGACCACAGCAGGAACAGACAAGGAACUCAGUGAUCUCCUGGACUUCAGUGUGACGUUUCCUCUUCCAGUGUCGAAUGGAAAGAACAGAUCUGCUACUUUAGCCAGCACACCAUUCGUGGGCUCAGGUAUGGAUGAUCGGAGUGGUUCAGGCACCUGGGGCUCAGGAGAACAGAACAGUUCGUCCUUCAGUUCACGCGCUUUUGGAGACGGAGCUCACUACAGUGAACACGAAAACAUGUCCCCCUCAUCAUUGUACAGCUCAGGGCUCGGAGGUAAAUCUGAAAGAGGACCAUAUCCAUUUGGCUCACAGUUCCUACCAGGGGAAGUCCUGUCCAGUCCUGAUGGUCUGUCUCCCUCUGGCCUCAAAUCCACAUUCUAUAGCUCAUACCCCAACCGCAGGAGACCCCCAGACACUGUUCUCGAUACUCAGCCGAAAAAGAUCAGGAAAGUGCCCCCUGGUCUCCCAUCCUCGGUCUAUCUAGCAGUUCCUGGUGAAGACUAUAACCAGGAAAAUGCAGAUUACCCAGCCUCUAAAACUGGCAGCGUCUACCCUGGCCCUUUUUAUCUGCAAGAAGGUCUUCAAGACUGGGGUCAGCCAGGUUACCCAUCUAUGCCGCACCUUGGUCAGUCAGCCCCCUUCGCUGCCAUCAACGCUGAUCGCCUGAAGAGACAACCCCUGCCUCUCUCCCCUCCAAACUACCCUCACCAUGGCAACGAGGUUAACGGGGGCAGCCUUCUGGGCAGCUUCCAGUCCUCAUCCAGUGGCUACGGGGUCCCCAACCACACGCCGCCCAUCAAUGGAGCAGACAGCAUCAUGGGCAAUAGAGGCAACACGGCAGGAAGUUCAGGGGAUGAGAUUGGAAAAGCUCUCGCAUCAAUUUACCCUUCAGACAACAAUGGAAGCAACUUCUCCUCCACUCCACCUACCCCAGUGGGCUCUCCACAGAACAUGUCAGCCUCUGCUUCCCAGUGGUCUAGAGGAUCCACACAACCUACACCAUCACCCAGCUUUGAGGGAGGACUACAAGCACUGCAAAACAAGAUGGAAGACUGCCUGGGUGAAGCUCUCCACGUGUUAAGAAACCACGCAGUGGGGACUGGCCCAGGGUCAGGGCUGGGAGCAGAUAUGCAUAGUCUACUUAGCGCGGCCGGAGGAGCUGCUGGCCUGAGCUCCCUCAGCCAGAGCUUCCCUCUCCAUGGUCGGCUGUCUGGCAUGGUGCCCGAGCACCAUGAGGAAUCGGCAGGCCUUCCCCCCACCAGUGGCCUCCUGCAUGGGCACCACGCCCCCCCACAAGCCCCUGCCAGCUCCCAGCCCGAGGCCUUCACCAGUUUGCCUGGAAGCCUUUCUCGCUCCUCUCUUUCCUCCAGCACAGACAUCAAGAGGGAGGAGAAGGAGGAUGAUGAGAACAGCUCAGUCAGUGACAAGCUGGAGGAUGAUAAAGACAAGAUGAACCGCAGGACAAGUCUCCACACUGAUGAAGAGGAGGAUCUGCCAGUGGAGGUGAAGGUGGAGCGGGAGAAAGAGCGGCGUAUGGCCAAUAAUGCCAGAGAGCGCCUUCGUGUGCGCGACAUCAAUGAGGCCUUCAAAGAGCUGGGCCGCAUGUGCCAGCUGCACCUGAGCAAUGAGAAACCGCAGACCAAGCUGCUCAUCCUGCACCAGGCUGUUAGCGUAAUUCUCAACCUGGAGCAGCAAGUGCGAGAGCGUAACCUGAACCCAAAGGCAGCGUGUCUAAAGAGAAGGGAGGAGGAAAAGGUGACAGGCGUCGGAGGAGAUCCUCAGAUGCCUCUGGGAGGAGGCCACUCCGGGCUGGGUGGUGACGGGCACAGUCAUAUGUAAUAUUUAUAUCCAGUCAUAAUGAGUGCUUUCAGACGUGGCCUUAAUCUUCUAUGUACUGUCUCAAUGUGCGCAUACACUCACAUCGUGACUGUGCAUAAGAACCUUUUAAACAGACAUGACUCGUGCAAAUACAACAUCCUUUGGUGAAAAACUGACACACAAUUAAACACAUACAUCAUGGACCAUUGAAGCAUCCUGAAGAACACUGCUGAGAAAGAGAGACAGGAACUCUCUGAGCAUAAAGAACAAGGGUAUUUGCUUUGCGCUCAUUUUUUGUCUUUUUUCUUUUUUAUGGGCACCUCUUGCUUACAUGACUGGGAGCAAUGGUGUAUUUCACCAGGACUGAUGUGAUUCAGUCUAAAACUAGACAACCAUUCCCCACAGACUCAACAGCCGUCAUCUAUGUUUAUAAGGAGAAAAAAACAAAACACAUCCUUUUUUUGUCAUGUCAAAAACAUGGAUCCACCAGCUUCUACUAGUUUCAACUAAUAUCAAGUAUUUGCAGAAAAGACUGAUAUGGAUUUCCAACUACAUUAUUGAGGCCACCAUCUGGCCUCUAAAAGAAGACAGUGUGCUACUACAUAGCGCGCACACACAAACUUUUUGAGCAGUCAAGGGCUCAAAUGAGGGAACAGAGAAUUUUUUAUAUAAUACAUAGACUCAUUAUUUUGUACCAUCUCACAUCUCAGCAAGAGUAAAAGUGAGAAGAAAAGCUGGAGGUUAUAAACCCCUCAAAUUCUGCUUGUGUUUAUUGCAUUAAUGUUGAGCAUCUGUGCUCUUAUAAACUAUCCUAACUGGAACCCUUUCAUAAUCUGCCAUGCCAGCCAAAGCAUCAACACCAACUCUUUAUUUGUGUUUAUAGGACUAGCACAUGUUAGCUAGCAAUUGAGUUUUAGAAUUUUAAAAGAGGAACAAGCAGUCCUCUUGACUGCACGGAGCAACUGACACCUCUUCAUCCAAGAAUAUCUUCAUCCAAGGAACCUCUCAAACUUCCACAUGCUCCUGCAGCAACAUAGCAUUUCAACAUUGUGUCUUUCUGCCCUUGAUCUUUUAUCCCUGCUGCUCUAAUGUCUGAGGGAAAUGCCUUGGACAUUGACUCCAUCUAUGCUUAAGCAUUGUUUUUAGAAGCCUGAAAUGAAAUUUUUUGGGGUCAGUGAUACAUUGCUUAACUCAUGUCAGGGGUAUUUGUGUGUUUCGUUGACUUGGAUAGUGUCAACCAUGAACUGCAUCUGCUGCCACUUCUGGACAAUAUUUUUCUUUGAAAUAGAGAAAGAUAGAUAAUGGCUUAUUUGAACAAUUAUGUCAGGUCUUCAUGAGAAGAUCCUCUUGUUAAACUGUCGACUCUUUACAUUUCGUUUAAUUUUUUAUAAAGUUCUUUUGAAUGUUAUUUUUACUUUUUGAUGUUUUAAAAAAUAUGCGAAAAAUCCUAGCAUUCAAGGAUGCCAGGAACAAUUCUAAUCAUUUCAUAUGUCUUUUGCAAUUUUGAUAAGGUGUUUUAAUGAAUGGGAAUGGAAUAGGAUUUAGCCAACCGUUGUUUCUUGAGAAAUGCCUAUUCGUUCAUUGUCAUAAAUUAAUAUUCCCUAUGAUCGUUGCUCCCAUUGUCUAGAGGGAUUGAGUCACUGCAAUUAUGCCUUUUUUUUUUUUUAAUGUUUCAUUGCCCUCAGAAUCAAAUAGUAAUUAUAGUAUUGUGGUUGCACCACCAUAAUGAAAUCUUUUCAUAAAAGCCAUGUUGUCCUUCACCUGAAAGUGAACACGAUACUGAUUCCUCAUUUAAACAACCGCUUUCAGCAGUGUUCUUCAGUCAGUUAAAUAAAAUAUCUUCAAGGAAUGGUUCGAUGAAAAGUUAUAUGUACACAAAUCUCUGAUUAUCUGAGAUGUAGUCAGUGUGACAAAACAUGUUUGGGGUCCAAAUUUGUUCUUUAGCACUGGAGCUAGAAGACUAACAUUCCUGAUGUCACCAAGAUCUUUGUGUAGAAACAUCAAAAUUUCUUUCAAACUGCAUCUAAGAUUGUACAAACCUAUUGACAAGUUUAGGACACACCAUGACUUACUGUGAACUAUAAAACAAAACAAAACUUCACUGUGUAGCACAAUGCUGUGGGCAGCCACUUUAGACAGCUAGUGUCGUGCUGAAGUUCGUCUUGGUCACACAGGCUUAUACGUGUGUGUGUGUGUGUAUGAGAGAGAGAGAGCGAGACAAAUGACAACUCUAGUAUCCAUGUGUCUGUAUGGAUAUUUACAGAUAAAGUGGAGCACAACUGUGGAAUAUUAUGUCAGUUGACUUGUAGUGAUUCGAUCGAUUUUAGCCUUGUAGCUCCAUUGCUAGACUAAAACAAAAUUGUGACACCAAACAUGUUUUGGCUGUUUGAGUACCUCUGUGUUGCAUGGAAAAUUAUGUAAAAAUUAUUUUUCACCAAACCAUUUGAUAAAAACUCGAAAGAUAAGGGUUGUAGUCAUUUGUGUUUUACAGAGAUCUAUAUAGUGUCGGAGGAAUCUUAGUGGGAGAGAGCUGAGGGUGGCCUUCUUCAUUGUCCUGACUGACUGUCCGCACCCAACGGGGUCAUACUUGGGGAGUGAUAACAUACUAGUGCCUGCACGUUUUAUUUUUCAGUUCAGUCCUGAAGUCAGGUUUUCAUUCAAAUGUCACAUGUUUUUUGGUGGCUUUACUUGAGAAUAUUUUAUAAAUUCACAUGAAGACUGGGGCAUGGGAAUUUUUAGUGUAUCUUAAAAUGAAUUUUUGCUCUUGCGAGCAAAUAAAAGUACUUUCUUUGUAAAUGUGUUCCAUGUUUAGUUUUUAAUGUGCUCAGUGGUGCACAGUGCUGAUUCCGAUCAGUUAUGAAGUAUGUUUCCUAUGCUUUCAGUAUCUGUAUUUAUCUUGGUAACACAGCUCAGAUACUUUAAAAGCAUCAACCACAAUAAUGCAUUCACCAGCAUGUAUGACAGGCAUGAAAGGCCUGAAACUUCCAUCUGAAACUGAGCUAUCCAUCAUUUAUGAUGUACAGGAGAAACUGAAAUCACAAUCAUUGGCAUAUUAUGCAGAAGGGAUGAUAAAUGGAGUGAAAUCUGAAUUUAUUACAAUGUUCAGUUCAGUAUUUUAAUUAGUCUGGAAGCCCACUCUAAUAUGGAAUGAUAUUCUUGUUAAUAUGGAAUAUUAUUAAGUGUUCUUGCACUCCAGAGGUUUGAAUCAUAAAUUUGUUGUUCUAGUGUUCUAAAUUGAAUCAAAAGCUGUAGUAUGGUGCCUCAAAUUGAGGUAGUUACUUUCUGUGGGCUGUACUGAAACAAAAUUUGUAAUCUUUCAUAUGUCUCUCUCGUUCCUCUAAAUUCAAACCUUUUCUAUAGGAGUGGAAAUAUCAACAUCUCUGAAGGAUUUAGAAUUAUGGCCAGUUUACUGACAGAUUGAGCCAAGUUUAGGUUAAAAAAAUGCAGCUGAGAAUCUCCACAUGUGCAGUUUUGUCUACAGGGUUAUUCAAAACUGGAUUCACGGCUUUGCAAUAAUGAAGAUUCAUUCAGUUCAAAGCAAACAUAUGGGGUUAAAUUUGCUUAAGUACCUUGCAUAGAACCCUAAUCACAUUUCCUCAUGCAUCCAGAAUUGGGCUUUUUAAACUGACUCUGUAGAGUUCUUAUUUUGGAAAUCAAGUGCACAAAACUCAUUACUCAUCUUAGGUGUUUUUUUUUUUUUGUUUGUUUUGUUUUUGACACGUUCAUCUGCAGAAUCUGCUGACUCAAGACAUUGGGGAGGUUUUCUUUUGUCCCCAAAGUGCCUCCACUUUCCUAUUUUUUUAUAUAAAGUAGCUAUUCAGAACUGUUAUGUAUAUAACGUAGCAAUAAAUGUGCCAUUUUAAUAACAGAAGUAUACCUUUUUUCAAUUGUCUGUCUUUUUUAUUGCUUAUGUACCCAAAUAAAGAAAAAACACAAUGCAA